UUUUCAAGCCAAAAAUGGCGAAGUUUUCUCACUCGUUUCGUUUAGAUUGCGAGUUGAUUUUGUGAAAGGAAAGCGCAGGAAGCAAGCAACUUUAUUCCGCCGGAGUCAGUGGAGAAAAACGCAGACUACCGGAUCGGAAAGAAGGGGGACAGGAGUAGGAAAAUCGCGAUCACAGCGAGGAAAACGGAAUGUGGGGCCAUUGGCAGACGGCCGCCGUAGCGGCUCCUUUGACCGCCCCCCCGCCGCAGCCGUCGGUGCCGCCGCCGUUGCCCGAUGCGCCGCCACCGCCGCCGCCCUCAGAUGCGGGCGCCCCGACAGCGGUUCAGCAGCCAGCGGGAGCUGCAGUUGCAGCAGGAGCAGCUGCUCCCGUUGCCGUCGCACCACCAGCCACAGCCACCCCAACAGCCGCUACGGCCGCCACCUCUUUGGCGGCCUUCAACCCCUACAGCACCGGACAGGCAACGGCGGGCGGGGAGGGGGCUGGCAACCCCUACGAACAGUAUACCGCCGCCCAAUACGCGGCCAUGACCCCCGAACAGCAGUACGCACUGCAGCACCACUGGCACCAGUGGCAAACCUACCAGGCGGAGUACGCCAAAUGGCAUGCCCAAUACGGCGAGCAGUACAAACGUGAAAUGGCCGCCGCAGCUGCUGUGGCCACCAAUCCGGCUGUUCAAGGUGUUCCCGCACCCGUGGCAGCUGCUCCCUCGCCUGCGCCGGCGCCCACACCAGUGCUGGCGCCACCUGGUCCCCAGGCUUACCCCGUUGCCCAGAAUUAUUACCAGGGUGUCACCGCUUCGCCGGUUCCCUCGACCACACCGAAUCCGGUUGGAGUGGGUGGACCGCCGCUACCCGGCAAGAUCAUGGCCCAGCCGCAGAUGUACAACCAACCGCCGCCACCGCCGCCGCAAAAGAGCGGCUAUCAGACGAAUGACAACCAAAGCAUGUGGCCGGGGCCACCAUCCAUUCAGCAGCCGCCACCCAAUCGAUACCCGAUGGGCUACAAUAACGGGCCAGAAAACCAUGGUUUUCCCAAUCUCCAGCAGCCGCCGCCUUCGCUGCAGAGACCACCACCUCCGCAUCAGCAGCCACCGCCGCCACAGCAGCCAAACAACAUGGAGAACCAGUGGGGAAACAACAAUCAACGCGGCGGAAUGAACAACCGACCGCCGUGGGAUACCAGUGCUCCACCGCCUGAUAUUUCCGGGCCACCAGGACCACGCUGGGAUGGUCCACCGCCGCCGAACGACAUGAACAAUCGGUGGAAUAACCCGCCACCGACAAACAUCAACAAUAGCAUGAACAGCAACAGCAAUGACAACAAUCGCCGCUGGGAGGGACCGCCGAAUCCAACGCAACCCGGCGGAGAUCCACAGAACCGCUGGAUGAGCGGACCACCGCCCAUCGAUCAGAACCGCUGGAUGAGCGGGCCACCGCCGAAUUUGAACGAACAGCAGCAGAACCAAAGUAGCAACAACAACCAGCAGCAACAGAAUCCCCGCCAGAAUCGCUGGCAGAACAACAACUCCGAGAGCGGAAACAACAACAGCAACAAUAACAAGAAGAACAACUUUCAAAACAACCGAAAUAGUUGGGGACAAGGCGAUGAAAGGGGAGGAAAUGGCAACCAGAACCAGAAUGCUGCCACACGCAACGAAAAUCCGUUCAGCAAGAAUCCGCAGAACGAUUUCGAUGGAGAUCAGUCGCCGCCUGGCAAAGGCAACAACAAUUUUGGCCAGCGAACGGGCAACAACUUCCAGGGCAACUUCGGCAAUAGCUUCAAUAACCAGGAUCAAGGUGGACCAGGCGGAGGUGGAAACUUUGGCGGCGGACGAGGCGGUGGACCCGACAACUUUGGCAAUAACAACAAUAAUAACUUCAAUAACAACAAUCGCCGGCAGAGCAAUCGAUGGGAUAACAACCGCAAUCAACCAAACCAAAACCAGGGAUAUUCGGAUGGCGAUUCUGGGCCAGGAGGCUUCAACCAGAGUCGCGGGAAUUUCAACCAGCGCAACAACUUCAACCAGCAGAACCAGCCAAACCAACCGGGCUACCAACAGUCGCCGAAUCAGCAGCAGCAGCAGCAGCAGAACAACCGCAACCAGCAGCAGGCCCAUGAUCUCGACGAGGCCAGCUUCGACCGGCUGUUCGACCAGUGGGAGCAGCAGUUCGAGGACUGGAAGCGCGCCAAUGCCAAUCACCCGGAUCGCGAUGAGUACCGUCGCUACGAGGAGGAGUUCGAGAAGCAGCGCCGUCGCAUCGCCGAGCGCAGGGAGCAGAUGCGGCGACGUCGCCAGCAACAGAUGGGUGGCUCCUCCACGGGAUCGGGAGCGGGAUCGGGAUCGGGAUCAGGAGCUUCUGCCACGGACACACCGAAAGAGGGAGCAUCGAAAUCGGAGGAUCAGGAGACGAAUGAAGAACGUGACUCUGAGUCUUUCGCUGGUCCGGGCAAUUUCCCCGAUCAGCGAUCAGGUUUCGGUGACCAGGCGCCUGGCAACAAUUUCGGACAGGGAAACAGGAAACCCGGCCAGUUUGGCACUGAGAAUCGCGCCUUCGAGAGCGCCGGAGUUCCGGCGAUUAGGGGCGGCAGCCAAGGCCCAACGCCGGGAAUGCAGAAUCAAUACCAAACCGCCCAGCAAGCCAUCCAGGAGAAACUGGACCAGCAAUCGGAUACGGAACAACAGUCCAAGGAGAGCCCAACGAAAGCGACUGGAGCUCCUGCUCCGCCGGUGGCACCUGGUCCCGCUCAUCCGACCGAGCUGCCGCCGCCAGCAGGAUCAGGUGCAGUUAAUCCCGCUCCUCCGGUGGCUCCGCCCUCACAGCCGAUUGCCAGUAGUCUCGGCAAGCGGCGGCAAACCGGCGGCACUGCAAACACGCCCGCCAAGCAGGUGAAAGAGGAGGAGAUAUUCACCAUCUCGCUGGACGAUGACGACGACGAGGAGGAGGAGGAACCGCCAGACACGCCGAUGGGCAGCAUUUUCAAGAAGAGCGACGGCAUACCGGGUCUCGAUUUGGUGGCCGAUGGCAGUGGGAAGAACCCUUCCUCGGUCUUCGAUGUGGGCCUCAAGGACACGGACAAAACAGACGCCCCUGAGGGCGGAGAGGCGGACGUCAAACAGGACAAGAGCAACGAAUCGCUUAGCAAAGCGCUCAAGGAUCCCAACUUCCUCAACAAUCUCACCCAGGCUGUGGCCAACGUCCAGGAGCGCGAGCAACGCGAUCGCCAGCAGCAACAGCAGCAGCAGACGGAUCAGGAGCAGGAUUCGGAGACGGGAGUGGACGGACGACCCUUGUCCUUUGCCGAAUGGCAGCGCAAGAAGAACGGCGGCAACGAAGCCAAGUCGCAGGAUUCCCGCGAUUCAAAUAGUCCCAGUGCGGCUGAGCAUUCGGAAAGGAGCGGUGGACCUGGCGGAGGUUUCGGUCCCGGUCCUGGCGGUCCCGGAGGUCCUCGUCCCAAUUCUCGACAGGGCUCGCGUCCAAAUUCCGGUCCCGGUCCCGGUCCGAAUCGCUUCGACAACUUUGGACCGAAUCAAUUGCCCGGCGGGAAUUUCAUCGAUUUCGAUGGCAUGGGACCCGGUGGCUUCGGUCCGCCUGGCCGCCACUUUGGACCCAACGGGCCAGGUCCGCGUGGUCCCAACUUCGGGCCGAACUUCGGACCAGGUCCAGGACCGCACUUCGGACCCAAUGGACCCGGGCCAGGACCACAUUUCGGACCCAAUGGCCCCGGACCAGGACCGCAUUUUGGCCCCGGACCCAAUUUCCGGAACAAUGGCCCCAAUUUCGGACCGAACUUCGGACCCAACUUUGGCCCCGGUCCAGGGGGUCCAGGUGGUCCUCGCAACUUUGGACCACGCGGACCUUUCGGACCGCGACGCGAUGACUUCGGCGGGCCGCCGUUUGGCGGACCAGGAGGACCCAACUUUGGGCCAGGACCCAACGGACCGCGCGGUUUCAACGGCGGUCCGAACAGUGAUAAUCCCUUCCGCCGGCAAGGCGGACCACCGCCCGGUUUCGGCGACGAUGAUCUGGGCGCUGGACCGCCAAGAGGACCCAGGAACUUCCAGAACCGCAACAGCUUCGGAGGAGGACCAAACAACAACAAUCGGAAGAACUGGAACGACGGGCCGGAGCAACUGGAGCAACAACCAUUCCCCAACAACAACCACAGCAGUGAGCCCAUCUAUCGACCGAUGAAGGUGUUCGACUAUUCCAACAACCCAUCAGCCGCCAAGGUGAUUGACUAUGGCCACAAGUCGGCCGACGGCACACCGAUUGAGGGACCCGACAGAAUGCCGGACUUUAGACCCGUGAAGACCUUCGAUUAUGGCCACUCCUCGAAUCGCAUGGGAAUGCCAGGAGGAGGAGGAGGAGGAGGAGGUCCGAAUCAGGGAAUGAAAGGUGGCCCGAAUCAGGGAGCAGGAGGAUUCGGUGGAUUCGGAGGACCCGGAGGACCUGGUGCUCCAAACAACAAGCGAAGGAAUAAAAAAAGCAAACAGCAAAAGAAAGAGGAGCAAUUGCAGUUCCCCCAAAACCGACAACUGCAAUCGUUUGACGAAAGCAGCUCCACAAAUCCCGGACAAGAUGAGGUGAGUGUUAAUUUUUGAUGAAAUCCGUUGCUUUUUAAACCUGCCAACGACUUUCCCCAGCAGCAACAGCAGGCUCCUGAAAAUUUCCAGGAGCCAUUUGGCGAGGAAACGGGAAACGAACCAAAUGAUCUCGAGGAUAUUUCCGAUGGGGAAGAUAAUCUAACGCCACUGGGUGACGUUGAAGAUGACGACGAACUGCCACCGCCGCCGCCAAUGAGCAAAUGGAAUCAGCAGCAACAGCAGCAGCAGCAGCAGCAGUUCAAUCCAAGCCAGUUUCUUGCCAACCGCCGCGAGCCAGAAGGAUUAGCUCCGCCGCCGCCAACUCUGUCGCUUUUCCCCUCGGCAGCCAAUGCCAAUGAGAAGAUUUCCAAUCCGAGUGCGGCUCCGCAUCUGGAGAUGAGUGUGCCGACCAACGAGAAUCGCAAUACCAUCUCCGUGGACGAGGUCCUCUUGAAUCCCGGUCGCCAGACGCGUCCGAAGCGCAUCUGCAUCAUCUUGCGCGGACCUCCUGGCUGCGGCAAGUCGCAUGUGGCGCGUCUCAUCAAGGAAAAGGAACUGGAGAUGGGUGGCGCCAAUCCGCGCAUCCUCAGCAUCGAUGACUAUUUCAUCAUUGAAAACGAUUAUGAGGAGAAGUGUCCCAAAACGGGCAAAAAGAUACCCAAGAAGGAGAUACUUUACGAGUACGAUGAUAGCAUGGAGGAGACCUACAUGCAAUAUCUAAUCAAAUCGUUUAAAAAGACACUGAGCGACAAUCUGUACGAUUUUAUAAUUGUGGACUGCAACAACAAUUCACUGCGCACGCUGAACGAAUUUUACUGUCACGCCAAAGACUCGAAUUUUGUGCCCUACAUAGUGGACCUGCACUGCGAUUUGGAGACGUGUCUGGGUAGGAAUUCACACCAGCGCACCGAGGGCGAGAUCCUUGCGGUGCUGAAUAACUGGUGCCAGACGCCGCUGCAGUACAUCAAACUGGACGUGAGCUCGCUGCUCGAGAACGUGGUCGAGAUGGAGGAUGUGGAGGACAUGGCUACGGACGAUAAUGCCUGCGCCGACGAUGGGGCAACAGCGGGAGCAGCCGAAGCAUCCGAGGAUGCCGCCGUCGAGGAGACGGACGACAGCAAUAGUGGCGACGCCUCCAACGACUGCGGCUUCCUGAAAAGCAAAUGGGAAUGUGACACCACCGAGGACAAUCUAGCCCGCUUGGACGGCACCAAGCGCUUGAUGCAGAACCGCAGGACCGCCAGCAUGGCGGACUAUCUCCAGCUGGAGGAUUGGGAACCACCUAGAACCUCAGCCAAUGGCAAGAAGCUGGUUCGCUGGGCGGACAUCGAGGAGAAGCGCUCGCAGGAGAAGAUGCGCGCCAUCGGUUUCGUGGUGGGUCAGACCGACUGGAACCGCAUGAUGGAUCCCAAUGCUGGAAGUCGAGCUCUGAAUAAAACUAAAUACAUUGAGCGCAUCAAACGCCGCUAGACGCCAAUUACAGUCACACGCAACUGACAAACAACACAAAACAAAAAACAACAAACAAAAGAAAAACUCGCAGCAAUUCCAUUGAUCAAACACAGACCAUUUCCACACGGGGAUCACCACCUAUAUACAUAGACAACAAAAGGCUCAAAGACUCCAAAUUACGUUUAAUCAUCUGUCAUUCGAAAGCUAUCAGUAUAAUUUCUAAACAAUCAGUCAUUUUGUAGCGCUGCAUUUACAAAACGAAUUCAAUUUCGUUGACCACACGAACAUCCGCAAUUAAAAAGCGUAGAAAAAAUAGAUUAAAUAUGGAUGUAUUUUAAUUGUAAAUUAAAUCAAUUCCUUUUUAACCGAACGGGACAUCUAAGGUUUUUUUUUUAACUGACCAAGAAAUAUAAAUGAAUUGUACAUUAA